GCAGCGCCUCUUCUACUCAAACUACACGGGCUUAAAUUGGACUGAUCAGCGAGAGCGCAGCACAGCCCUGCAGCGUUUCUCACCCUUGCAACAACAGUGACCAAUAUUUCACACUUAGCAACAGCUCCAACCUCCUCUCUGGUCUUUUAGUCAACUGUACAACCACCAUUUCACUGUGGACAUUACACCCUCUUACAGAUAUGGGAGACAUGGGAGAUCCACCAAAAAAAAAACGUCUGAUUUCCCUAUGUGUUGGUUGCGGCAAUCAAAUUCACGAUCAGUAUAUUCUGAGGGUUUCUCCGGAUUUGGAAUGGCAUGCGGCAUGUUUGAAAUGUGCGGAGUGUAAUCAGUAUUUGGACGAGACCUGUACAUGCUUUGUUAGGGAUGGUAAAACCUACUGUAAAAGAGAUUAUAUCAGGUUAUACGGGAUAAAGUGCGCCAAGUGCAGUAUCGGCUUCAGCAAGAACGAUUUUGUGAUGCGUGCCCGCUCCAAGGUGUACCACAUCGAGUGUUUCCGAUGCGUGGCCUGCAGCCGUCAGCUCAUCCCCGGGGACGAGUUCGCGCUGCGGGAGGACGGCCUCUUCUGCCGGGCGGACCACGAUGUAGUAGAGAGAGCCAGUCUGGGAGCCGGCGACCCUCUGAGCCCCCUUCAUCCUGCGCGGCCGCUGCAAAUGGCAGCAGAACCCAUCUCUGCUAGGCAGCCGGCUUUACGGCCCCAUGUCCAUAAGCAACCAGAGAAGACCACCCGAGUCCGGACUGUCCUUAAUGAAAAACAGCUCCACACCUUGAGGACCUGCUAUGCUGCCAACCCCAGACCUGACGCUCUCAUGAAGGAGCAACUAGUGGAAAUGACUGGCCUCAGCCCCCGAGUGAUCAGGGUCUGGUUUCAAAACAAGAGGUGUAAGGACAAAAAGCGGAGCAUCAUGAUGAAGCAGCUCCAGCAGCAGCAACCUAAUGACAAAACCAAUAUCCAGGGGAUGACAGGAACUCCGAUGGUGGCUGCUAGCCCAGAGAGACACGAUGGCGGUUUACAGGCUAACCCUGUGGAGGUGCAAAGUUACCAGCCUCCUUGGAAAGUACUGAGUGACUUCGCCUUGCAGAGUGACAUCGAUCAGCCUGCCUUUCAGCAACUGGUCAAUUUUUCUGAAGGUGGGCCAGGUUCGAAUUCCACUGGAAGUGAAGUAGCAUCAAUGUCCUCUCAGCUCCCAGAUACACCAAACAGCAUGGUAGCUAGUCCUAUUGAGGCAUGAGGAACAUUCAUUCAGGUGUAUUUUUUCCCUUUUGGAGAAAGUGGAAAGUUAUAAUGUUGGACUCCAAAAUAAAAGCAUUUAACAACCCAACUAAUGAAAACUGAAUCUAAGAAUGGAUGCUCCAUGAAGUGCACGAAGUCUGUUUUUAUGACAAGGUGAUAUGGUAGCAACACUGUGAAGACAAUCAUGGGAUUUUACUAGAAUUAAAACAAACAAAAACAAAACCAAUUUAAAAAACCAACAGCAAACCGCUAUCCAGUGAUCAUAGGAGUACUGAAAAAUAAGACAUUUUUAAAAUGUAGAGGAUUUAUAUUCACGGAUCUCAAAAAAAAAAAAAGCUUUUUCAUUUCACUGUACAUCUAGAAUUAAACAAGAAUAGAGAUUUUUCUAGUCCAUCCUAACCCGAAUGGUGCUGUUUCUAUAUUGGUCAUUCAUUGCCUUGCCAAACAGGAGCUCCAGGAGGUUUCAAAAGAUCUCGAAGAGAAACUGGCCUCUUUGGCUGAAAGAUUCAUUGCAGGAAGGUGGAGCUGCAUUGGUUUGCAGUGUUUUUAGUUGACUUUUAACAAGGGGUUGUUUGAAGACCUGGGUCUCUUAGCAUGUCCUGUAGCUGGUUUCUUUUAAAAUUUUUAUUCUUUUUUUUUUUUGAGAUCCAUCCUCUAACAAGAAGUCUGAAGCGACUUUAAAGGUUUUUGAAUUCAGAUUUAAAAACCAAUUUAUAAAGCAUUGCAACAAGGUUACCUCUAUUUUGCCACAAGCGUCUGGGACUGUGUUUGACUUGUGUCUGUCCAAGAACUUUUCCCCCAAAGAUGUGUAUAGUUAUUGGUUAAAACGACUGUUUUCUCUCUCUGGAAAUAAAGAGGAAAAAAAGGAAACUUUUUUUUUGUUUGCUCUUGCAUUGCAAAAAUUAUAAAGUAAUUUAUUAUUUAUUGUCGGAAGACUUGCCACUUUUCAUGUCAUUUGACUAUUUUUUUUUGUUUGCUGAAGUAAAAAAAAAGAGAAAAAGGUUGUACCGUGGUCUUUGAAUUAUAUGUCUAAUUCUAUGUGUUCUGUCUUUUUACUUAAAUAUUAUGUGAAAUAAAAGCGCCAUAUGUAGAAUUAUAUCUUCAGGACUAUUUCACUAAUAAACGUUUGGCAUAGAUAAAGAAAUCAGUGCUCCGAUUCAGGGUCCCUCUUUUUAUAUGUUUACACCUUAGCAGCUAAGCACCCGGAAAUAAAAGAUUGCAUGCGAUGCAGGUCCUGACAAAGUACAGUAGGCGUGAUAUUUUAUUGCAAGUAGUUAAUGUGCAGCUUGUAAAUUUCGGUUUCAAUAGUUGGAUCAAAGCUGGUUGGAAGCCGUUAGCACUCAGCUGUGAUAAUGUUACAGGUUUUCGAAAAACGAGAUGCUGCUCUCUGCCCUACCCCCUACCUUCCCUUUCCCCUUCCCCUUCCUUUUCCCUUAGUAUCCCUUCCCCUUUCUCUUUUCCUUCCCCCCUCCCCCAAACCAGGUGGGGGAGUGCCCAGUUCAAAAAGGGCUGUGAAUUAUUAUUUUAAGUAAGUGCUGUAUACCAAACUCUCCUGCUUCAGUCUGUUGAAGUGACCCGUAUUUCAAGUAUAAGCUCUUUCUAAGAGGUGCAUUUUGCUUGGCAAGUCAGGUAUGACCAUUAAAUCAGUGGCUACUGUCAGUCGAUUGAGAAAUGUUGCAUCCCUGGUUUAGGGGGAAUAGGGCAAGGAAGGAUCUUCUCUGCAACCAAGGAUCAGUGUGUUAUUUUCU